GAUGUGUAUGCAUGAGUUCUGCAUCGAAUGGGCGCAAAAACCGCCCCAGAUCCGCCGGGAACCUCUUCCAGAUCGGCAAGCCUCCUCACCGAGACCCACAGAGGAGGGAGAGCACCGAAAGUACCCGCAGAGCCCAGCGCGCCGUGGCCGACUGCAGAAUGAUCGUGCAAGAAUUCAAUACACUCGUGGCUCAGUACCGCGAACUGGUCAUCUCCAUCGGGGAAAUCACUGUCGACUGUCCUUCCUUACGGGCCGAAAUGCUGAGGACGCGAACUAAAGGCUGCGACAUGGCGAGAGCGGCACACCACAGUCUCUCCUUGAUAUCCGGGCCAGAGGAUGGGGAGAUCCACCCUGAGAUCUGUAGGCUCUUCAUCCAGCUGCAGUGCUGUCUGGAGAUGUACAUCACUGAGAUGCUCAAGUCUGUCUGCUUGCUGGGCUCCCUGCAACUCCACAGGAAAGGUAAGGAUUCCUGUGGGCCCCCCGGAGUUGACAGCAAGACCGAGGACAGCUCAGACAUCCCCAUCCUGGAGGACACCUCUUCCUCCCCCACUGACUGUCCUCAGCUCUGCUGGCUGGUGGCAACUGACAUAGAAAACAUAGAAAAGGAUAUGAGGGAGAUGAAGAACCUUCUCAGUAAACUCAGGGAGACAAUGCCUUUACCAUUGAAGAACCAAGAUGACAGCAGUUUGCUGAACCUGACUCCCUACCCACUGGUCCGACAGAGAAAGAGGCGGUUCUUUGGGCUCUGUUGCCUGGUAACAAGCUAAGGGGCCCCCGCCUUCAUGGGUAGGAGGCGGCAACAAAGACACCAUUACCCACUGUCCUUCACCACUUGUGUCUCCCACCAAUCUAUUACUGCCAUUUUCAAAUAAAUUGUCUCUUUCUCUUUUUUUUAAAGGCUGCCCAUUUUAUAAUUUUAUUUUGUAAUACAAAGAAGAAUUGUAACUGCUAUGUAAUGAAAAACAAAAGUCAUGAACAUAUAUUUUAAGAUAUUUUGCAACAGAUUUUUCCUUUUUUUGGUAAAUGCAGUCAGAUAUCUGCUUGUCCAAUGUAAGGGGAGAAUGAGAGGUCAUUUGAAAUAUUAUCUGUGUUCAAUCACUUCCACAAACCUGAGUGACUGAAGUGAGGAUUCAUGUUAAAAAAAAAGGGAAAAUAAUUGUCAGAAAUAAUGUGAUGACUUAUGACCAGAGGCCAUGUGAGUAUUUGAGGAUGGCACUUUCAAAGACAAAGUUAUACUUUCGUCCGUCUGAGCUGAGAUGACAGGUUUGUGCCGAGUAAGUUUGUUGUGUAUUACAGUCUCUGUUUUCUGUUUCUUGUUGUUUUUUCUUCUUAAUGUACUUAAUUUAGUCUUCCAUAAACCAAGAACCUGUACCCAACUUUAACUUCCCAGCUUCGAAAUGGAAUAUACGAUAUAAUACUCAAAAAGAAAACUUCUUUGCACACAAUAUCUAUCUAUAGAUUGAGACAUUAGACUUGUAUAUACACAUACUCUUUCCGCAAUGCUCCCUGAAUUAUUUUCAAAGUUGGAGUGGGUUAGCAAAGAAUCUGUUGGCUUGUAUGAGCGGGAAGGGACUCCCUCUGUCUGAGGCAGUCAGUGCAGACAGAGGGCAGGCAGCAUGGGUCUUGCUUAUUAAUGAUAGUGAUCAAUGUUUAGGGCACGGUGAAGGUACAGUAGUC